AUGGCUCGCAAGAAGAGAGGAGACAACGCCGCCACCGAGCAGGCUGCGCCUGCAGCUACUGCCGCUCAGCCAGCGCAGAAAGCGCCCGCAGGAAAGGCUGCAGCGCCCCCCGCGUAG